CCGGUUUCCGCCGUGGCUGCGUCAUGAUUCCCCUCGCGUGGUCUCUGAUUGGUCCGGACGUCGAGUCCUUUACGGCCUCGCUCCGCCCCUCCCUCGCGCUGAAGGAAAGGAACAUGGAGACAGCUGGGAAAGUGAUCAAGUGCAAGGCAGCUGUUGCCUGGGAACCUGGCAAGCCUCUGUCCAUCGAAGAGGUGGAGGUGGCACCACCCAAGGCCCAUGAAGUUCGCAUCAAGCUCUUUGCCACGGGGGUGUGUCACACCGAUGCCUACACCCUGAGUGGCAGUGACCCCGAGGGUCUUUUCCCUGUCAUCUUGGGCCAUGAGGGCGCCGGGACAGUUGAGAGUGUCGGUGAGGGCGUCAACAAAUUCAAGCCAGGCGAUACCGUCAUCCCGUUGUACGUGCCACAGUGCGGUGAAUGCAAAUUCUGCAAAAACCCCAAGACGAACCUUUGCCAGAAAAUUAGAGUAACCCAGGGCCAGGGCUUGCUCCCCGACAAGACCUCGCGCUUCACUUGCAAGGGGAAGCAAGUGUUUCACUUCAUGGGUACCAGCACCUUCUCCGAGUACACCGUGGUGGCCGACAUCUCCCUGGCCAAGGUGAACGAGGACGCUCCCCUGGAUAAAGUGUGCCUCCUCGGAUGCGGCAUUUCGACGGGUUACGGUGCUGCUCUCAACACCGCUAAGGUUGAGCCUGGUUCCACGUGCGCUGUAUUUGGCCUCGGAGCCGUUGGCUUGGCUGUUAUUAUGGGCUGCAAGGUUGCCGGGGCGACCAGGAUCAUUGGCGUGGACAUCAACCCCGCGAAGUUCGAGAAAGCAAAGGAAUUCGGAGCCACAGAGUUCGUGAACCCCAAGGACCACAGCAAGCCCGUCCAGGAGGUGCUGGUGGAGAUGACCGACGGGGGCGUGGACUACUCCUUUGAGUGCAUUGGCAAUGUGCAAAUCAUGAGAGCUGCUCUGGAGGCCUGCCACAAAGGAUGGGGUGAAAGUGUCAUCAUCGGCGUAGCCGGAGCUGGACAGGAGAUCUCGACCAGACCGUUCCAGUUGGUGACGGGCCGAGUGUGGAAGGGAACAGCCUUCGGAGGCUGGAAGAGUGUGGAGAGUGUUCCCAAACUGGUUGACGAUUACAUGAAUAAGAAGCUGAAGGUGGAUGAGUUUGUAACCCACACGCUGCCCUUCGAGCAGAUCAAUGAGGGAUUUGACCUCAUGCACGCUGGGAAGAGCAUCCGCACAGUGCUGACCUUCUGAAGGGCCAACAGCAUUGACAUCCUUCACAUCCGGCCUUUAAACAGUUUCCUCCCCCGUUUGCAGCACUUAACGUAUUUCUCUGCACUUGCUUGAAAGAACGUAACGUUAAGUAUUAGAUCCUACUUUUCAUUAACAGCAGAAUACCUGUUUGAACCAAAAAACAGUGUUAUUAAAACAUUUUUUGAAAAUUG